CACAUUCUGAGGUUCUGGGGAGGCAUGAAUUUUGGGAGGGACACUAUCCCACCCAGAACAGCUUCUGUUAUUUAGUGUGUGUGUCCUCAGUGCUUUGUAGACUUGACUUGAUUCCCUCCUCCUAGCCAUAUUAUGAGGAUGGGACAAUGGCUACCUUGCCUCAGAUGAGGAGGCGAGGCACAGAGACUUGGAACCUCUCAGGAUACAUGAUCAUCUUUGCCCUUGCUUGGAAUUCAUCUGGUUUUCAAAGAGGGGGGCUGCAGCAGAGGCCCCCAACCUGACUUUUCUCUCCAAACGGCAGUACCUGCAUGACAACGAACAAGGAGAAGCUGGGCUCCAGAGCGCCAUGUGUUCACAGGCUCCACAGCGAGAAGAAAUGUCCUGGUUUAAACUGGACAUUGAUCAGACCUGCUGGGAGGGCGAGCGGGAGGCAGAAAGGCACAGCUGCUUCCAAGUUUCUGUUGGCAGAGAGGGUAGAGCUGACCCCUCCCAGUGAAACUGCAAGAGCAGAGACAGGGCCAGCCCGGUACCCCAGCCCCGCUCACAGCUCUAGGCCGACGCUUCUCAGCGGAAAGAGCUCUAUCUCUCUCAGAAGUUUCAGUAAUCUUAUCCUAACCUGGCACAGAACCUCACCCUUCCUGGGAACACAGGAAUGUUUCCUACUUGACGUCAAUAAAAUCCAACUCCUUAAGGUUUCUCCUGGGAUCCAAGGGGUGGAGUUCAUUCCACACCAUUCUGAGACAAAGUCAGAGGAAUUUGCUGGGUCUUCUACGGCUCGGAAUAAGUCCACCAGGCAUUAUCUCUACCUUAUCCAGAAGACAAUCGUUUAUUUGCACAAGUGCACAGCGGCCGACACUGCCAGCACUAACCACAUUGGAUUCUCGGUCCACUCUCAUGAAGGCUCCAGCCCUCAUUCAAGGCUGGUCUGUUCCCGUAGGCCUUCUGAUGAGUGCCACAUUUUGUUCCUCUAA